GGUAAUCCUUCUGUUCUUAUCAACCUUCCACAGCCUGAGAAGCCCUCAGUGUGCCUCUGGCCUUUGCCACAAACAUGAGGGUCAAAUUCCCUCUAAUGGCCAUUGGCCUGGAGGUUGCCAUGAUUGUUUUAUUUAAAUUGUUUGUUCACUAUGGAAAUGAUCAGAACACUAUUCAGGUGAACAGCACCUCGAAGCCAAAUGUCACGGACAGCUUCCUUGAGUUAUAUCCUUUUUUCCAAGAUGUGCAUGUUAUGAUAUUCGUUGGGUUUGGCUUCCUCAUGACUUUCCUGAAGAAAUAUAGCUUCAGCAGUGUGGGCUUCAGCUUUUUUAUUGCUGCUCUGGGCCUCCAAUGGGCUACACUUAUACAGGGGCUCCUACAUAGCGGUGGACGGAAAUUUGACAUUAGCAUCAAAAACGUGAUAAAUGCAGACCUCAGCACAGCUACAGUUUUGAUUUCUUUUGGAGCUGUCCUGGGAAAAACAAGUCCAAUCCAAAUGCUGAUCAUGACGAUUUUAGAAAUUACCGUCUUUGCUAGCAAUGAAUAUCUUGUUGGUGAGAUAUUCAAGGCCUCUGAUAUUGGGGCAUCAAUGACCAUCCAUGCCUUUGGGGCCUACUUUGGCUUGGCUGUAGCAGGCAUCUUAUAUCAUUCUGAUCUGACAUGGAAACAUCACAACAAAGAAUCUGAGUACCACUCAGACUUGUUUGCAAUGAUUGGGACUCUUUUCCUAUGGAUCUUUUGGCCCAGCUUUAAUUCUGCUCUUGCUGAUACUGGACAAAAGCAGUACAGAGCCAUGGUAAACACCUACUUCUCUCUGGCUGCCUGUGUGCUCACAUCCUAUGCCUCCUCCAGUCUUGCUGAGAAUAGAGGCAAGCUCAAUAUGGUUCACAUUCAGAAUGCAACCCUUGCUGGAGGAGUAGCUGUGGGUGCUUGUGCAGACAUGAACAUUAACCCAUAUGGUUCAAUGGUCAUUGGUAGCAUUGCAGGAAUUAUCUCCGUGAUCGGGUUUAAGUUGCUGACUCCAUUUUUUGCUACUACACUGAGGAUUCAAGACACAUGUGGGGUCCAUAACCUGCAUGGCUUACCUGGCAUAGUAGGAGGCCUCGCAAGCAUUGUGGCGAUAGCCAUGGGAGUGUCUGACACGUCUUCCAUGGCCAUGCAGGCAGCUGCACUGGGCUCUUCCAUCGGAACAGCAGUUGUUGGAGGGCUGAUUACAGGUUUAAUUCUAAGAUUACCCAUCUGGGAACAGCCAUCUGACUGGGACUGCUAUGAUGACUCUGUUUAUUGGGAGCUGAAACCUGAAGACUAAAUGCCACUCCUAUGCACCCCUUCCUGUUCCACAUCUAGAAUCAAGGCAGCAUUCAAAGAGAAUAUGAACCAAAAUGAAUAGACUGUGGAUCCCAAGGCCCACGUGAAAAUGACUUUACUUCUGGUGAUAUCUCUUGAUACACAAUGAUUGUUCAGUUGAAGUUUGUGACUCAAAAUACAGAUGGUCAGAUGCUUUCUAUUCAGGACUCCCAGAAUGCCCUUGCCAGUGGGUAGGGGUAAUACAGGGUGGACGUUCUUGAGUACAUUUUUGCAUUCUUCUCCAUAGAGGUGGGUUGACUUAGAAAUCAGCAGUCCCUAAUUAUGUCAGUUUCUUAAUGUAGACACUAGGUCUUCAGUCCCAAAGAUUAUAAAACUAAAGCCAGUGAAAUCACAAGUGAUGUAAGAAACCUGAUAAGAAAAAUGAAUGAAAUGUUUCUAUAAGUCAAGUAGCAAUACAUUAUUUUUGGUAGCUCUGUUUUGAUUUUUUAAAUGGCCUAAUUAGUAAUGUUAUGUCUUUGCUUGAACAUUCUUCUGCUUAAUUCCUUUUGUACUUUUAAUAUUUGUACCAGGAUCUCAAAUGCUGUCUGAUCCAAUUCUAUUUUGUAUAAAAUUUCAAUUGAUUAAAUGUUACAGGAAAAUGAAUUAUUAGUUUUCAAAUUUCCUUCUUUGGUGGUUGAAAUGCCUUUUAGUAACACACACACACAAUUACUUGCUACAUCUACAAAAACGAAUCCUGAUUAGAAAACAAACA